AUGGUACGACAGAAGGUGGGAAAGAAGAAAAUCGAUCAGAAGAGUGAGGAUAUAGAUAGUCUAGUUGCAGAAAUUGAGGGUUCUUCAUCCAAGAAGGGAGAAUUGAGAUCGAAAGAUAAUCAGAUGGUUAGCCCUAGCCCUAAAUUGCAAACCAAAAUUGGGGCAACAGAGAAAUUAAGUGUGGGUUAUGAAUCGACCAAGCUAUUGGAUGAGGCCAAGCAUCAGCAACGCCAAACAGAGGCGAGAAGGACGCUAACUUGGACUGAGAGGUGCAGAAGGAAUUUUCCAAAGCCUGAAGAGAGGAAAAAACUAAUACCUCAACUGACUCCAGAGUGGAGGGCAGUGGGAAGAAAGGAGGAUGCUAACAGGCAAGGGCUUACUGAAACACAAUCCAUCAAGGUUACGAAGGAGGGGCCUGCUGAUCAGUCUCGAGAAAUUAAGAUAAUCAAAAAAGGUUCCAACUCUAUUGAUGAGGGUGUGUUGCAGAGAGGAACAGUUCAACCACACCAAGUACGUAUUUUGAACAGAAAUCACAGUAACAUGGGUACCGAGGAGAUAGCUGCUGAUCAGUCCUUAUUAGGAGUGGAAAUGAUCGAAUUUAUUGCAAGUUGGAUAGAGCUAUGGUUAAUGGGGAAUGGAUUGACAGUUUUUCAGUGUCUUCAGUUAAGUUUUAAUGGAAGGAGUAUCGGAUCAUUCCCCAUUGCUUGUGAAGAGUCAGAAAUCCCCCAUAAAAGGUACCUAUAUUAUCAGUUAUACAUGAAGUUGCAAAGGAUGAAACCAUGCUUGAAGAAGUUGAAUAAAGACCACUUUGCUGAUAUUGUGAUUCAAGCUGAAAAGGAUCAGUUGGAGUUGCAACACGUGCAGGAGGUCUUGGCAACCAACCCAAGUGAUUUGACAGUCCAAGAGCAGGAAAGGAAGGCGUAUGCACAGUUCCUCAGAUCUAGCGAGGCAUCUCUAAGCUUUGUAAAGCAGAAGGCAAAGGAGGAGCGGUUGCUUAACAGUGAUGAAAAUUUUUCUUUCUUUCACUCCAAACUCAAGGCUAGGACUAUGAGAAAUAGAAUAUGGUCGGUUGUUGAUGAAAAUGGGAGACUGAUCACUGAUUAG